CUGCUGGCCGGGAGCGCCAAAGUGGUGCUUAUGGUGGUGGCUGCCAAGAAGCUCGUGAGCCGGGUGCAGGUGGCACCCAAAUCCCACUUUGAUGAGACCGUGCUCUCUGUGGUGUACACUUCAGAGCCCAUCGAGGUCUCCAGGCUGGAGGAGACCUUCAGCAAGCUGAGGGAGUCAGCCAAGAAAGAGAUGCUGGAGGUGAUGCAGAUGGGGGUGGAAGAUCUUUUCCAGGAGCACCAACAGAUCUGGUCUGACCUGUUCAUUUCAGGGGUUGAAAUGAGAAAGAUCACAGAUUCGCAUACACCAUCCAGUGAGACUGUUAACAUGACCCUCUACUACAUGCUGUCAACCAUGCCAGCUCCUCUGCUUGACCCGCUCAUUAGUGGUGAAGACAGAGAAAAAAUGGAAGCCAGCUUGAACUAUGCUGACCACUGCUUCAGUGGCCACGCGACCAUGCACGCAGAGAACCUGUGGCCAGCAAAGCUGACCAGCGUCGCCCAGAUCUUGCAGCUCUCAGACCUGUGGAAGCUAACUCUCCAGAAACGGGGGUGCAAGGGUCUUGUGGCAGCUGGAGUCCAUGGACUUAUGCAGGGAAUGGUGCUUAGUUUUGGGGGUCUGCAGUUCACAGAAAACCAUCUUCAGUUUCAGGCUGACCCCGACGUACUUCAUAACAGCUAUUCCUUACGUGGGAUCCAUUACAAUAAGGACUUGAUUAAUCUAGCUGUUCUGCUGGAUGCUGAAGGAAAGCCCUUCUUGCACGUGUCUGUGAAAUUCCAAGACAAGCCAGUUAGACUAUAUGCGUGUGAGGCAGGCUGUAUGAAUGAGCCUGUGGAGCUGACCUCAGAGGCACGAGGUCACACGUUCCCUGUCAUGGUGACUCAACCCAUCACACCACUGCUUUAUAUAUCAACAGAUUUGAUCCACUUGCAGGACCUGAGACACACGCUCCAUCUAAAAGCUAUUCUGGCUCAUGAGGAACACAUGGCCAAGCAAUACCCAGGCUUACCCUUCCUGUUCUGGUUCAGCGUGGCCUCCUUAAUCACAUUGUUUCACUUGUUUCUGUUCAAACUCAUCUACAACGAAUAUUGUGGGCCAGGAGCCAAGCCGCUCUUCAGGAGUAAGGUAUAA